AAACCUCCGGACAAAUAAGGCAAGUUCGUUCAUUGGCGAAAAAGUUAGAAAGAGAAACGUCUCUUCUUCUUCUCCUCCUCCUUCCUUCCUUCAUUUUUCUGUUCUCUCUCGUUCAUCAGAAAAUAUAAAUUAAUUUUUAAAUAAAUAAAUAAAUAGAUAACAAAAUCACUAUAGAAAAAAAGUUCAGAAUUCAUUCAUCCUCCUCAAAUUCGUUUCCUGAAGUUUCAAAUCAAUUCCUGUUCUGCAGGAGCACGAAGCAUAUAUAUAUCCUUCUCCGAUCUUAUUUAUUUCCUCGGUCAAUUUCUUAUUUAUUCCUCGAAAUCACGAAAUGGAACACGACGAAACAGGGUGCCAAGCCUCUCCAGAAGGCCCUCUUCUAUGCGUGAACAAUUGCGGCUUCUUCGGCAGUGCUGCAAACAUGAACAUGUGCUCCAAGUGUUACAAGGACCUGAUUCUGAAACAAGAGCAAGCCAAAUUCGCCGCCUCGUCGAUCGAAAACAUUGUCAACGGAUCAUCAAGUGGGACCCCCACCGAGCAAGAUUCCGUAAUUGUUGCAGAAUCUGCAAACAUCCCGACUCCUUCAGUCGAAGCAAAGUCAAUUUCUUUGCCGUCAGUUAUCAACGCUUCGACCUCGGACGAACCACCCAGAGCAAAGGAAGGGCCUAGCAAGUGCAGCUCCUGCAAGAAACGGGUCGGGCUAACCGGGUUCAAAUGCCGGUGCGGCAGCACUUUCUGCGGGUCGCACCGCUAUUCGGACAAACACGAUUGCCCGUUCGAUUACCGGACCGCUGGUCGGGAUGCUAUAGCCAAAGCCAACCCGGUCGUGAAGGCGGAAAAGCUCGAUAAAAUCUAGUUUGAAUUUCUUUCUUUUCGAUAUGGCAUUUCUCGAUUCUAAUCUUCCAAGAUGAUGAUUGGUGAUUGUGAGUUGGAUGUGUUGUGUUGUGAUUGGUGAGAAUAUGUUUGUGGUGGGUCCAGUUUAUGUGUCUUGUAUGUGUGUGUGUGUGUGAUGGUACUUUCUGCAUCAUAUGUAUGGUGUUUAUUCAUGUGUCUAUGUGUGGUGUGCGGUUCUAUCCUAAGAUUAUAACUUGCAGGCAUCCACAAAGACAAGCUUGUAAUAUAUUUGUAUUUGUUUUAAAUUCUAAUGGCAUCUUUUACUUGCAUAAGUAUUUGUUAU